AUGGUGUUCUCUAUCUCCAACUCCAACUCACUCUUCUUCUUCUUCCUCUUCCUCUUUCUCUUUGUCUUCCAACCCUUUCAUACGGUGAUUGCUGAAGAUGGUUCAUCUAGAAGACCCUUUUCCACCAGCAAAAGACCCAUUCUCCUCAACUGUGGAGAGCUGGUGUUGAAGUCAAAGUGUUCACAGAACUCCAAGUGCAGCUGGUGCAGCAGCCAAGUCCUGGACGAUACUUGCUUCUCUAAAUCUGAAGCUUUAAGGUUGCCUCACCAGGUUUUCUCUUGUGGGCCCACCCGUUUAUGA